AAUAUUUAAUAUACUUUAGUAGAUUUCAUUAAUGCUUGUAACACCGGCCAAUCAACUGUCAAAUAGAAAUAUUUGUGUUGAACCGAGUCGUUUGAAAGCCCGCAAUUCAUGAUGUACAUAGCGCUGCCAUCUAUUAACAACUUUGCAAAUUACGACGAAGCGAAGCCGUUCGGGCCGUAUAGUUGGCAGCAUUGUCGUUAUUCCCGCCAACUUUGUAUGAAUUCAAUACUUACUAAAGUUUUGAUUGAAACCUUUGAUUUUUUUUUAUAUUUCGGAAUUUAUAUGUAUACAGGGUAUUCUAACGUAUUUCCAUGCAUUUUGAUUGAUAGCUGUCAGCUUAUACUCUUUUCAUAUUUUUUCUGUCUAUCAGAAUAAAAAAAUGUCAAUGUCAAACUUUUAAAUAGUACGGUGGUUAUUAUUUCCGAAGCCUUAAUUUUUUUGAAAAGUAAUAUUAUGGGCAAAAAAGAUGAAAAAAACGAGGAAGAGGAAGAACAAUUGGAGCUAUGGAGUGCAGAGGCCAAUGACCAGCUGGUUAGAGAGCGUGGAAAAUGCCUGGGACAGAAUCACCACGUGCAAGUGAUCUUCAAGGAGCUGGAAGAGUGUCAGAAACGAGUGAAGGGUAAGGACUAUACUACGGAGACGUGCCACCAGGAGAUGAAGGACUUGAUAGAGGCCGUGGACCACUGCGUUGGCGACAAGGCGUUCCUUUUAUUGAAAUAAAGCUUAUACGGUA